AUGCCUCCAGUCUCUUAUAUUAAUCGACGUAACACUAUUAGUGAGGCACUUAAAGAAUUAAAUAAUUACCCUUCUAACUCUAAACGGCCAAGUAUCAAUAGUGUUGCUAAAAGUUUUGGAAUCCCGGAAGCUACUCUUAGACGUGCCGUAAAAAAUGGCAACCCUCCUAACCGUACAGGCCCACCAACUAUACUUACCAAGCAUGAGGAGGAUCAACUUGCAGGCUAUUGUAUUAACGUCCAGAAGCUUGGGUUUGGCCUAACAAGAUCUGGCGUUAAUCAUUGUGUGAUGGAAAUCUUAAGAUUAAGCAAGCGAUCACACCCUUUUAAUAAUAAUGGACCGGGUCAUGAUUGGUGGGUGCGUUUCAUGAGAGAUCACCCUGAGCUAUCAUUUCGCACUCCCCAAGAGUUAUCAGAAGCACGAGCACAAAAGGCCAAUGCAACAAUUGUGAAAGAUUAUUUUGAAAAACUUGGCAAAAUAAUUAAUGAAAAUUCACUUACCGCUACACAGAUUUGGAAUAUGGACGAAACUGGUUUCGUCCUUAUUCCCAAAUCUGAAAAAGUUAUUGCACAAAAAGGUGCACGCCAGGUUCACAAAGUCGCACACGGAAAUACUACUGAACAUAUUUCAGUAGUAUCUACAAUUUCAGCCGCUGGUUCAUACAUACCGCCUUUAUUCAUUUAUAAAGGUGUUCGUGCAAUCCCCGGUCUAUUAGAUGGCGCACCUCCUGGAGCUGUUAUGGGUUUUACAGAUUCUGGGUACAUGAGAGAAGAUCUUUUUCAAAUGUACCUAAACCAUUUUAUUAAUUCCAUCCCACCUAUUCGACCAGUCCUAUUGAUACUUGAUGGCCACAAAAGUCACAUUAACUAUAUGAGUGUAGACUUUUGUCGCCAAAAUAAUAUUCUUCUCUUUGCUCUACUACCUCAUACGACGCAUGUUUUACAACCAUCCGAGAUUCCAUUUGUGAAAUUAAAAAAAGGAUUUAGUAAAGAAUGUGAUAAGUAUCAUACUAAUAACGGUAAAAUAGUAACUAAGCAUACCUUCGCGAAGAUUCUCGGUCCCGUUUUUAUUGAGGCCUAUACACCACUAGCAAUUUGCAAUGCCUACAGAACCACUGGCAUAUGGCCAUUUAAUCCUAGUGCGAUUAGUGUUGAUCGUUUAGACCCUUCUUUAUUAACUGAACAAUUUAAUGAACCCACCAACCCACCUUUAAUUUCGCCAUUACUUGCUCAAUCAAAUCAUUUUCAUUUUACUCGCCUAAAUGCUAAUAAUUUAAAGGAAGAACAUAUUACACUUAAAAAUGAAAAUGAUUUGUUAAGAUCUCAGGUUAAGAAACUAAGUGAGGAACUGAAAACUUAUAAGAACCCUGGGACAUGUGCAUUACGUUUAGCACUCAAGUAUCCAGUUUCUCAAGCUCAAAAUUCUCAAGCUCAAAAUUCUCAAGUUACACCUGAUCAUGAAAGAUCUGAAGACCAGCCUGAGCUUAUGUCGUCCCUGCCUAAAAAAAAGAGAAAGACACUUCCAUUUGCGCGGCUUUUAACUGAAGAGGAAAGUUGGCAUCAGUUAAAUGAGUUGAAUGAGGAAGCAGAACGAAAAGCUGAAGAAAUAAAGCGAAAAAAAGAGGCGGCGGCCCAAAAAAAAGAAGCAGUGGCCCAAAGAAAAGAAGCAGCAGCCAAAAAAAAAGAAGUGGCAGCCAAAAAAAAAGAGGCACUAGCUAAAAAAAAGGAAGCAGCCGCUCAAAAAAAAGGCGGUGCAACGACUAAUUCUAACACUAAAAGAAAAUCGGGUUAA